UUUUAUCGCAAACUUUCCGCAGUGUAAUCGCUGCAAACAACAAUCCAGAACCUCAUUUGGGAUCUGACUCUGCUUUCUUCGUGUUCUCUCUGUCAGGAAAUCUACUGCCUGUCAAGAUAAACGCGUUCCACAAACCCCCGCUUCGACUCACAAGUCUGUUAUUUCGUAACCAAUUUGACCAUGUCGGGCGUUACAAGUCCCUCAGCAUCAUCAUCAACUGGAACUGGUAGUGGCCAGGACUGGCGGGCUGGUCUACGCGCACCACCAAAAGACAACCGCCCGCAGACGGAAGAUGUAACAGCAACCAAGGGAAUGGAAUUCGAGGACAUGUUCCUCCGGCGUGAGCUCCUUAUGGGCAUUUUCGAGGCCGGCUUCGAACGGCCGUCGCCUAUCCAAGAAGAAGCAAUCCCUGUAGCCCUCAGCAAGCGUGACGUCCUCGCCCGCGCGAAGAACGGUACAGGUAAAACUGCUGCAUUCGUUAUACCCACCCUCCAGCAACUCGAUGUCAGCAAGAAUAGGAUUCAAGCGCUUUUGCUCGUACCUACUCGUGAGCUGGCGCUGCAGACAGCGCAGGUGUGCAAAAUCCUCGGUAAGCACCUUGGUGCAAAUGUCAUGGUUACGACAGGUGGGACGACGCUGAAGGAUGAUAUCAUGCGUCUGUCGGAGCCCGUUCAUGUCCUAGUUGGUACACCUGGCCGUAUCCUUGACCUCGCCAGUAAGGGUGUCGCAGACCUUAGCGAGUGCCCCGUGUUUGUGAUGGAUGAGGCGGAUAAGCUCCUCUCUCCCGAAUUCACACCGGUGAUGGAGCAGUUACUCUCUUUCCUUCCUGAAUCGCGUCAGGUUAUGCUUUUCAGCGCGACCUUCCCAAUGAUUGUUAAAGAUUUCAAGGAUAAACACAUGGACUCGCCGUAUGAAAUUAAUCUUAUGGAUGAACUUACUCUACGUGGUGUGACACAAUAUUACGCCUUCGUCGAAGAGCGACAGAAGGUCCAUUGUUUAAAUACUUUAUUCUCAAAGCUUCAAAUCAACCAAUCCAUUAUCUUCUGUAACUCAACGAACCGAGUCGAACUUCUCGCAAAAAAGGUGACCGAACUCGGCUAUUCAUGCUUCUAUUCGCACGCGAAGAUGCUGCAAUCGCACCGUAACCGUGUGUUCCACGAUUUCCGGAAUGGUGUCUGCCGCAAUCUCGUCUGCUCAGACUUGCUCACCCGUGGUAUCGAUAUCCAGGCGGUCAACGUCGUUAUCAACUUUGAUUUCCCGAAGAACAGUGAGACUUACCUUCAUCGUAUUGGUCGUUCUGGUCGUUAUGGUCACUUGGGUCUUGCGAUUAACCUCAUCACGUACGAGGAUCGAUUCAAUCUAUAUAAGAUUGAGCAAGAAUUAGGAACGGAGAUUCAACCUAUUCCAGCCCAGAUUGACAGGAGUCUGUACGUUGCUCCAGCAGGAGGUGACGAGCCGUCGAACCAGGCAGAGCAGCAAUUGCAACAACAGGUACAAAAGCAACAGCAACAACAGCAACAACAGCAGUUGCAGAAACAGCAGGCUGUACGCCAGGCGAUGUCUGCACAGGUUGCUCCACAACCGCAGCAGAUUAUUUAUCAAAGUAAUGGGCAGGCGCCUCAGUCCCAACAGAGGGUCGUCCCUAAUGGUCCCAUGCCUGCGCAAUUGCAGCAGCAGCAACUUGCGGCAGCGGCUGCACGUAACCAGCAGUACCAGGCAUAUGCGCAAGUUCAACCAGGUGUUGCUGCCCCUCGUCCUGGAGCGCAGCCUGUGCGCCGAUAGUCGCAUUCGGUGCGUACCUUAGGGAGGUGGGGUAGGGUUGUUUAAUGAGAGCGCUCGAGGCGUGAUAGCGCGUUCUCAUGCUUCGCGGGUAGGAUUGUUUGACAUAUGAUGGUGAGAAUUUCCUCGAGACGGCUUGGCUUCAUUACGACUCCGAUAAAACGAUACGUGCGCACACCUUCUGGGCGGUCUCCAAAUAUCAGAUUUACAAUGACACGCAUUCGACAUUCACUGCUGCUUUUAUAUCCGUGUACUAAUUUACUUUGGUCUGUUUUUAUUUGUCUCUUUUUUUUUCUAUUUUCGUUUCUUGUGUUUGACUCGUCGUGGCCUGCACGUAUCAGCUAUAACUGAUUUAAAUGUGUCUAUUGCAUGGAGCCGCCCCUUCCUUCACUUUCCCA